ACCCUGUUGGUGGGGCCCGAGGAUGCUGCUGGUUGGCGCCCCUCUGGCCGCUCGGUCUAACAUCUUAAACCCCGAAUUUGUACCCAACAAGGCUCUCGUUCGGGCUUAGGUGUUACCAGUCGAUAGUUUUAGGUUUUAAUGGAAAGAGGGUAAGGCUCCAGGGAAGACAUGGCAGAGCCGGCCCCUGAGGCUGCUGGCUUUGCCCAGGACCUGUUCUCGCCUCUCCAGUUCUGCGAGGUGGUUCAGGAAGGCCAGGGCAGCCACCACCAUGUCAAGGAUGAACCGCGGCCUCAGCAGCAGGGCCAGCUGGGGACCCCGCACUCCUCGGCCCCCGUGACCUCCAUGGUCAAUUUGCCGGGCGUGACAACCACCGUUCCGUCAAUGGCUAGUACUCAGCACCUGCACAUUCAAGCACAAACUUCCAUGGCCCAGAUGGUGCAGCAACAUCAACAACAGCAGCAUGUGCAGCAGCAUCCACAUGUACAGCAGCAGCAACAGCAGACGUUAUCACAGUCUCAGUUAAUGCAACAACAAAUGAAUGUUCAGCAGCAAGCGCAGUCAAUAGCGCAGCGUCAGAUGAUGCAGCACCAGCAACAGCAAGCCCAACAGCAGGUUCAACAAGCUGCCCACCAGGCACAGCAGCAAGUUGCUCAACAGCAGGCCCAGCAGCAAGCUCAGCAGCAAGCCCAGCAGCAGGCUCAACAGCAAGCUCAACAGCAAGCGCAGCAGCAAGCCCAGGUUCAGCAGCAAGUUCAGCAGCAGGUUCAACAACAAGCCCAGGUUCAGCAGCAGGUUCAACAGCAAGCCCAGGUUCAGCAGCAGGUUCAACAGCAAGCUCAGCAGCAAGCCCAAGUUCAGCAGCAAGUUCAACAGCAGGUUCAGCAGCAAGCCCAAGUUCAGCAGCAAGUUCAACAGCAGGUUCAACAGCAAGCCCAAGUUCAACAGCAAGUUCAACAACAAGCCCAGGUUCAGCAGCAAGUUCAGCAGCAAUCCCAGGUUCAGCAGCAGGUUCAACAGCAAGCCCAGGUUCAGCAGCAAGCCCAAGUUCAGCAGCAAGUUCAACAGCAGGUACAACAGCAGGUGCAGCAGGUUCAACAACAGACCCAGCAGCAAGUGCAACAACAGGCUCAGCCAUCAACACAGCAAAUGAUGCAAUCUCAGCAACAGACACCAAAGCAGCAACAAUUGCAGCAGCAGCAGCAGCAGCAGCAACAGCCUGGGCAACAGCAAGUGCAGCCAAGUCAGCCACAGCAGCAGGUGCAAAUGGCCCAGCCUGCAGUGAAUAAUGUACAGCUUGUAAAUGGUCUUCAAAUGCCAGUUGCAGUGCAGCACCCCAACACUGCAAAGACGCCACCUUCAUCUGGCGUAACUCCCGGCGCGGCGGCUGCCUCCCCACCUCUGAUCGUGUUUACAGGCAUUGUCACCAGUGAAGGAGUGCCUGUCAACAAUGUGCCUACCUCUUCAACAAAUGCAGCUAGUGGAACCCCAAGUGGGACUAGUAGUUCGGAUGUGAAACCAGUCCCCGUGAAACGUACUUGGCGACGGCCUUGGAAGAAGAAGAAGGAGCGAGAGAAGAAGCAGCCGGUGAAGAAGGCCCGUAGAGUGAAAAGGAAGCGAGUCGUCGUCCCAAAGAAGAACGUCAUCCACAUAGAUCCUAGGAAUGGACCUGUGAUCGACACAACAAUUACACAGAUCAAGAGGGAAUCGGAGGAAGCCAUAAACCAGUUGAAACAAAAGCGACAACGAAUAAAGCUGAACAGAAAUUCAGGAAGGGAAUAUGUGAAUCGUUUAGGAAAGGUGGUUGGGGCACGGAUGAUUGGUUCACCUUGCAACUGCCCUCUCAAGUGCUGGGAGCGGAUGGGUUCAAAGAUUUUAGAAAUUUUCAAUAAUUUCUGGGAUUUGAGUGACUUUAAUCUCCAAAAUUCAUACCUUUUCACGUGUCUCAAGCUGUGUGAUGUCAAGCGUCGUUACACCAAGAAGGUAAAUCCUGCAGAGGAAUCCCGAAGACAAAACACUUUUGAGUACUUCGUUCGUAUUAGUGGCAAGCACUUGAGAGUUUGUAAAAGAGCUUUCAUGAGCUCACACGGACUGACCAGUGACAAGAGACUACGAACUCUAUUUCAUCAAAUGAAGGAUGGAGCUCUAGUGCCAGAGCCAGAUAGAAGAGGCAAACACCUACGACCUGCAAAAUCUCCAAAUUCGAUGAGUCCAACUCAUACCAUAGAACAGUGCCAGGUGAGCAACAAAGCGAAGAAACCCCGCACUGUUAAGAAGAAGCAGAAUAAUAAACAAGAAAACAAGCCAAUGUAUACCCCUCCUCCACCUCCAAUGGGUCACAUCCACCCCCACUGCACUCCUCCUCCUCCACCGGCUCACACCGCUGCAAUGCAGGAGCCUCCACAUGCCUACAUCCCCAACGGUGAUAUCUACUUCCCAGGCCACUAUCUAGAGCCGCACCAGUCAAUGGCUCCCCCACCCAUGAACCAGAUUCCUUCUUGCCAAAAGAUGCUAGAAGCUCCUGCCUACUUCAUGGCUGGCAUGAAAGAGAACACCUUCCAUCAGUGACUAGAGUAAGCCUUCCACUGCUGAGUUCACCAUAUAGUUUAUACUUUUUUUUUUUUUUUUUUUUUUAAAGCUCUAAGAGAUUUUGUUUUUAUUGAUUCGUAUUUAAAUUUCAGCGCCCAAGUAGACUGUUUUUAUAUAAGAUCUUGUUUGUCUAAAAUUGAUUUUAUUCGUAGUCAAAGAAAAAUAGAUGAUUUUGGUGUGGAAGGUGUCAUGAAUAUUUCUGCGGCAGCUAGAUUUCUUUUUUCAUUUUGGUAGAAUGUUUUAAUAUCGGUGUUUAUAUUGUACUCUUAUAAAUUUUAUUUUUGUGAUUGUUAGCAUUAGUAAUGAUAGGGUAUUAUUAUAUUUUUGUUUUUUGAUUAUUAGUAAAUAUGUAAUGUUCUCGGUAUUACUAAUAAUGAUGAUAAUGAGAACUGGGUUGAAUAUUAUGAGGGCAUUUGUUAAUAUUAUUAUCUAUUAAAUGUAUAAAUUUCAACAUGUUCGUUGGCAGACAUUGGAACUCGGACAUAGAUUUCAGAAUCUAUUGCUUAAACUCGUGUAAUAUGAAUAAAUUACAGUUCCAUUUGCUUGUAAAGAACAGGUACUGAACAUUCCAGUAUUCUUAGUAAUAUCAAAAAGAUAAAAUAUUCUAAUUUGUCUUAUUGUUCUGAUUUUGGUUGCUAUUUAUAAGCUAGAAGCUAGUCUAACCAGAUAACUGCAUUUGUCUUAGAUAUUGAGGGCUCAGGGAGGGUUACGUUGCAGUGUUUCUUGCCGAGAAAGUAAUGUCCAUUUUUAGAAGACGGCAGCUGUCAUACCUGAUUUUGACAGAUUUUUUACUUUCGUGAUGAUGUUUCACUCAAAUCGUUGAGUUGGGCUUUAUACAAGAACUAAAGAAGUAGCAAAUAUCAAAUAUUUCAGCAUUAGAGGAGCAUGAGUGCUCUCUAGAAGGGAAAUUUUGCUGACCAAAACCUUAUGAUAUUCAUAUGUAUGUAUAUAUCACAAUAUUGCUUCAUAGCUUAAUACUAAUUGAUGCCAAAAUAGUAUUUGAAUGCUCUGAUCUCUUAAAAAUCAUUAUCAUCCUAAAAUCUUUACUUAAGCAGCAAUAGGUGUUAACUUGUUGAUGCUGGGAGUGUGUAUGAAUGCAAGAAUUGUCCACUGAGGUUUUGUUUUAUAAAGUUUGUUUACAAAUAGAUGGAUUCAUAAGCAUUUAGUCCCUAAGCAGUCAGUUACUAGACCUACUUGACUUCACCAUUCUUAGAUUUUCUAGUUUUAAUCUUUAUUCUUCUUAUCAUUAUUGACAGCAUUUUACUACUACUACUACUACUACUACUACUACUAAUGUUAGUAGUGAUAAUUAAAGUACUAGAAACCCCUUUUUUUCUGGGAAAGUGAAGGGAUAGGGUAAACAGGUGAGUUAAAGUAAGCCCUUUAAUUGAUGGAGCUGGAGCCUUCUUUAUGUAAGCAAAAUUAAUAAAUGAAAACCACAGUGGACAGUACAUUUGCCCGCCGUCAGUGGGUUAAGAUUCAGGUAUCAGAGAUGUUAUUAUUCCAAGAUAUGAUAAGGACUGUCAUAAAUGAACUUGUUUGCAAAGUUCAGCACAAUUAAAUUUAUCCCUGUGAUAGCCAUUUCAAGGUUGUAAUAGGUUAAAUUCAAGAGUAUGUAUUUUCAUGCAGAUGUGUUUCAAAACUUGCUAGAGAAAGCUUUGAAAGGUGUUCCUAAUAAUGAAUCUCUCUAUUAUUUAAUGGAUAUCAGUUGGCUGGAUGUUUCAAGUGGCCUUCACAGUCGAUUGGUGUUUUGUGCCACAUUAGAUUAAGUUCAGACCAUUUUACACGGAGAAGUAAAUGAAGGUCUAUUAGUACAAAUGUAUUUGGAUGUGUUGUGAGGUUCCCUUCUUCACACCACAAGGAGCUGGCUAGCUGUUCCCAAAUAUACCAUAAAAUACUUACAUAUUUAUGCUGAUACACAACAGUGUGAAGAAACUGGCUUUACAUUAAGAAGUAAUGUAAAUGUGGUGGAGCCACUUAAUGCCGUUAGUAAAACAUGCAUAAGUAAUUUAAUAUAAACAUGCUAAAUAUGCUUCUUUUCUCGAUACAAGACCUUUUUUUUUUUCUCCUUUCCUCAUUUUCAGAGAAGAACCCUUCCAGAUAAACUCCAUGUAUUGUAUCUUCCAUUUAUCAAGGGAUAUUUUCAUGGUUAUAUAUUUUGCCCCCCCCCCCCCCAUUUUAUAAAGUGAAUUAGUUCUGUCAUCACUGGAUAAAGAAUUCAUUAGGCCUAUGUGCCAUAGCAUCCCACACAAAUCUUGGCAUUAGGAUGUAAUCUAAGGCAAAUUGUAAGAAAAGGAGAGGCAUGAUUGUUGUCUCUCUGCUCUCAGCGCCUUUGGAUGAACUAGUCGAUGAAAAUUUAUGCAUGGUAAACAGGAAAGUUAGGCUUGUUACUGCCACAAAAACAAGGGCAGUAUUCAAUUGCUCCACUGUUCAGUGUUUCUGCUGUUGUACUCAGUUUCAAAUAUUUGUCUUUUAAGAUUGGUGGCCAAAAUAUAUGAAGAAUAUAUUUAUCCAGUCUUCCUGUUUAAUUUUGAAUGUUAUAAUUUAUUUUUAAACAUUAUUAGACAAGCACAAUUUAUUGAUUUCAAAUAGACAUUUGUGAAUGUAUAUUUUUAAUGGCAUUUUUGAAUUGACAUUAUGUAAUGUAAACCAGUGUGAUUUUGCAUAAGCAUUCGUCACCUUCAUGAAGAAACUAACUGACAAUGUGUAAUGAAAAUUGGUGGUUUGCUAUCCUGUUGAGCAGUGAUGAGUGAUAAAACGGGAAUUGUAAAUUACUUUAGCUAAGAGUGUCAGCCACUAGUAGAAGUGUAUAUUUUGUAUUUAAAUGAUAUAUGGGUAGCAAGUCUCCACUGUAGAUCUCUUAAUUAGUUUCUUUUAGGCUGUACAUGUAAUGUUCUCAAUAAUGGUGGUAUUAACAGUAUAUUUUCUUAUAAGCAUGUAACACUCAUGGAGAGCAACUAGGUACUAAUUCUUUAGUUACAAAGCUUCUCUGCUAAAUAUUUAGAUAAGUGACUUGGCCUGCACUUUUAUUUAAACACUAAAGACAGUAAGAGCAACAUAUCAAGGCAGUACUAUGCAUUUUUUGUGAUAUUUAAAAAGGAAGCAAAUUCACUAAUGUGUGCAAAUAAACAGAUGAUAAUUUUCAGUAUACACCAGUAAGCUUUGACAAUAUCUGAAGAAUAUGUUCAACAAUCAAGCUUAUUGCAAAUAGUGUUGUUCUCUGUUGUUUUAACUGUGCUGGUGGGCAAAGAAAGUGGCCUGCGCUGUGGUGUAGAGAGCUUUUAUGUAGUUGCUUAGUUGAUCAAGUGUAACAAAGUAAAUGAAUAUCUUAUUGAAA